AUGACAAAAUACUCUGAUAUUCUCACCAAACCACCAGACAAUGGUAAAUAUCCGGCCAUUAAAAAGAGUUAUAAUGAAAUUUUUGCGGACUCUGAAACACAGAAAACCCAGAAACUUCCGACCGAAUUAGAACUGGGUGAUAAGAAACCAUCUCAACUCCUCUGCGAAAUGCGUAACUUGGCGGCUGAGAAAGUGCCAGAUGAAUUUUUGAAAACAUUGUGGAUGCAACGACUACCACUUAAUAUGCGGAGCAUUUUAUCUGUGACCAGUGAUGAUUUGUCCAAAUUGUCUAUAAUGGAUGACAAAAUAUGGGAAUUAAAUCCUAAUCCACCCCAAGUAGCGUGCAUUGUUUCUUCCUCAUCUGAUAACAUUAUAGCCAAAGAUUUACAGAAACAGAUAUCAAACUUGACACUGCAGAUAUCAGAAACGAAUAGGUAUAGAAAUUCCAGUCCACAAAGGUCGAACUCUAGAAAUCGUUUCAAAAAUAACAAUGACCCAAAUAAUUGUUAUUUUCAUCAACGCUUUGGUGAGAGAGCGUAUAAGUGCAUUCCACCAUGCAAAUACCAAGUCCCAAAACAGGAAAACUGA